GCCAAACUUUAUAUUUAACGAGCGCCAAUCUCAUAUGUAUGAGGAGCACGAGCAUUCAGAUGACGAUGAUUCAGAUAUAAUAAGCCAGACCUUAACGGUUCGGAAAAACCCGAUGGCUAAGAAUAGGAACCUGGAUCAUUUACUUACAGCCAAGGAAGAAUUUCACGUAGCGCCCAUAAAUGAAAAAGAUAGCGUCACCGAGUCUAUGGAGUUUUGCAAGAAGCCAUCGUGCACAGAUGCAGAUAUUCAAUGUGUUGUUGAUCUAGUUAAUGCUACCAUAUGCGAAGCGAGAGCGAUAAUUGAUUCGGAUCCACGAGGUCUAUUUUGUUACAAGUAUACGGAGAUGCAACCGGGUCGGAGUCGUAGUACAGCCUCGGCCGCAGUUGAUGUGCUUAUAACAAAACAUUCUCUUGCAAACUCUGAAGAAAAACCCAAGACUAUUGCCACAUUUAACGUAUAUACGGAAUCAGUAACCACAACAAGUGCCUACGGUCAUCAUUGGCUGACCAUAGAUGAAUUCCAGUACAGCAACAUAACCAGUCAGAUUCGCAACUUCAUUGGAGAGUGGAAGCUUUCACCCAAUACUAUGUGUGUGGUUCUUAGCAAUACACGGCGUCAGGAGGUGCCAAUUAAGGGAACCAUUUAUUUUGUAGAUGCACACUUCUCACGACCGACACCACGUUGCCCCAAUCCACUGGCCGUCGCCAAGGUACGAUUUAUGGUUAGUGUUUCAAAUGUAAUGCAAAGACAUUAUCCUGUUAUGGUUACAUAUCGUUUUGAGGGUCAUAACACGUUGUACUAUGCCUUGGGUCCCCGUGCUUUUAAUUCUACGACAUUUCAACGUUUCUUUAUUGAUACGAUUCUGCACAAGAAGCUUAGUUUUUACGCUGAGAUCUGUGAAUGCCGGCAUGGGACUCUCGAGAAACCUAAGCAUAAUGUGAAACCCAAGACCAAAAAGCGGAGUGCAGUCUUAUAAAUUAAUUGAAAUAAUUACAAUAAUCUGUUUUCGUCUCUGUUUGAGUGAAGAAAAUAUAACCGGUGUCGCCUGAAUGUAGACUGUAUAAAUAAAUGUUCAUUUAAAAAAGUA